AAAUUAAGGGUGCAUAUGUUAGAAUUGAUUAGUGAUAUCUAUNGUGAUGUUGCAGAGAAGUUGUUCGAUCUGAUUGUGUUGCCUGGAGGUCUUAACGGUGCUCAAAGAUUCGCCAGCUGCGAGAAACUGGUGAAAAUGUUAAAGAAACAGGCAGAAGCAAACAAACCAUUUGGAGGAAUCUGCGCGUCUCCUGCUUACGUCUUCGAGCCUAAUGGUUUACUCAAGGGUAAGAAGGCUACUACUCACCCAAAGGUGAGCGACAAACUUUCAGACCAGAGUCACAUUGAGCACAGAGUCGUGGUGGAUGGAAAUGUGAUAACGAGCAGAGCUCCAGGGACUGCAAUGGAGUUCUCACUUGCGAUUGUGGAGAAGUUUUACGGGCGAGAGAAAGCGCUUCAGCUAGCAAAGGCGACACUUGUGUGAUUUUCAAACAAUAAAAUGUGUGAGAGUGACUUGAAUAAAAGAAGGCUUUUGCCUGUUGAGUUAUAAAUAUGCAUUGGUGAUUAGUUACUUUUGUGAUAUGACAUAUGAGCUUUCAGCUUUGGUUGGUGUGUAGCUUUAUGUCUUUAAAAGAAUAAAAAGUAAACGAGAUUCAUCUAUGUAAUGUCUAUGAAUGUGGCCAAUAUUUCUCUAACUCUCUCCAAGAGCUAGAGGCUUUGCUGGA